CCACCCGCCACCUACGCGACUGCACACGAUAGAGCAUACAGCCACUGCAGAGGGGAGCAUCACCUGACCUAGCUCCUACCUGAGACGAGCUACCGCAAAGCUACGGUCGCAUCGCAACCAUACACCUCGACAUCCUAAACACACUCCUGCCCUCGCACUAGACUGCUUACCUUCAUUAUGGCUGCCUCUGCUUCUGCAUCCUCCUCUGCCCUCGUCUUCGCGGCAGACAUGGCAGGCUUCGAGGCUCGUCUAGCCUCCUUCGAAGCAGCUCCUCUAGCCUCGUCCUCCUCAUCUGCAUCGCUCAAGAGUCGCAAGGCUUCGUCAUCCUCAUCCUCGCAACGGUGGCCUCACCCAUCCGCAACCGGCCCACUCUCCAAGCGCUACCCCUCCGCCGACAAGCUCGCCCGGCUGGGACUCUACUUCUCUCCCACCGCAAAGAAGGCCGAUCGCGUCGUCUCGUACAUAGAUGGCGUAGCCCUCUCAGACUUCUCGCAGGGAGAUGUCGCAGAAGAUCGCCUGAGGGCUAUACAGCCGGACAAUCCCUGGCUGCUGAUAUAUCAAAGUCGCGAUGCCGGCGAGGAGCUCGAGGGAGGCGUGUACGAGUACGAAGAAGAGCGACUACUGCCAGAUGGACAAAGUCUGAUCGAGGCCAGGAGAGCGACCUUCGGCAAUGGCUGGCCUCAUGAUGGCAAAAAGGGCUGGAAGUGUUCUUCCCAAAAGCUGGCACAGGCCGGCUUCCAUUAUGAGCCGACGGAGGAGGAUCAGGACAAUGCCAGCUGCAUAUACUGUGGGAGAACGCUGAGCGGUUGGGAGAAGAGCGAUGAUCCGGUUCAUGAGCAUGUGCGGAAGAAGCCAGAAUGUCCUGUGUUCAAUUCCUCGCUAAAAGCAAGUCAAUCAGCGGGCAAGGACACAAGCGAUAGCGCUAAAGCUGCCGAGACCACAAAAGACAAGCAGACGACAAAGAAGGGGCGAUCCAAGCAAGCGACCUCAAGAUCGAGAGCUACAACGGACGUCAGCGAGGCGGAGAGCGAGGCUGAGGCCCAAAUAUGGCAAGGUCAGCCGAAGGCCGUUGAGGACGAGGACGAAGCAAGCACGUCCGAUAAGCCUACACGACCCUCACGCCGCGCUGCAACAACGGCCCGCACAGCAUCUGCGAGCACGAAGAAUAGCAAGACAACUGCUCGGAGCGCAUGCCGGAGUCAGAAGAACGAUGGCGUGGCAGAGGACUCCGGGGUAGAGCAAGCGUCAGAGGCCGAAUUAGGGGACACUGAAGUUGAAGAAGAGGUGGAGGUGCCGAAGCGAAGAGGGGGAAAAACAACGAAAGCUGCCAAGAAGGCGCCCGCGAAAGGGACGAAGGCGACGGCUAGCCGGCAGGCCAAGGGAAAGGCGGCGGUCACGGAGGAUGCAAUGUCGGCGUCUGAGGUGUCUGCACCCCCGACGGAGGAUGAAGGCGAAGGUCAGGCCGAGGAAGAGGAGGCUGCUCCCACAACUCGUGCUCGGUCGACGCGAGCCAAGAAGACCGCAGCCGCUCCGGCCCCUAUACGAGCGACCAGAGCCACCAGGUCGACCAGGUCCAAGGACGCCGCUCAGAGUGCAUCAGAGAUAAGUCAAUCGGACGCAGAGGAGGUGGCUGAAGCCGUCGCAGCCAUGGAUGAAGAUCUGCCUACAGCUGCUACUGAGGGAGGGGAGGAGACCAUCGUACAUCACGAUGAGACAGCCCCAGCUGCCGAGACGCCGGCCCUCGAGGAACCCCAAUCCGAAGCUGAUCAGACAGCUACCGAUGCCAAAGCUGCCUCGUCGAGCAAGUCUUCCGUCUCGAGCAACAAUCGUCAGGCGCAACAAGUGGCAGAGGGAGAAGGUGACGCUGAUGUCGAAGUUGUCAUUAGCUCAACACGGCCGUCCAGAUCCGUCUCGGGUACACGUCAGAGAGUGGCAAGCAGCAAGUCACAAAAGCAGCCUUCGUCGUCGCAGCAAGAUGAUGCAGACGGCGCUAACGGUCAGUCCGAAAUCGUUGGGCCAAUUGAGCCGCCCACGCCUGCUAUGCCGUCCUCUUCGGCUUCUAUCAAGUCGAAGAAGGCCUCUAUUGAGGAGAGACCUGCUGCCUCUGCCAUCAACAGUAGCAACGGUGGCAGCAGUCAGUCCCAAUCGGCCUCGGUGGCAACUGAUCCGUCGCAGAGAUCGGACGGCAGAGCGCAUCUGGGCCUAGCUCCUGCCCAGAUGCCCUCCUCUAGCGACGACAAGCAAGCCUCAACCAGUGGCAAGGGUCGCGUCUUCUCGCCUCUGCCCGCAAGAGCUACCAGGACUGCCAGUCGGACCAAGACGUCGUCUUCCUCCUCGGAAGCCCCAAUGUCUCAACAAGCCCCUUCUGAUCCAAGCGAUGGAGCAGAAGAUGCCAUCUCACCUCUCGCUCAACCCAACGGGACUGCAGCAGCGACUGCCCCAGCAGCGUAUCAAAUUCCGUCCUCUUUCCCACCUCCGUCCAUCCUCGCGCCUACAUCCUCUCUCCCCCCUGCUUUGCUAAGCGAAGGCUCCACCAAGGCCAAUCUGACUGUGCAAGCCUACCUUGCAAGUCAGAUCGACGAGGCGGUUGAGGAGAUGCGCAAAUUGGGCGAGGAGAAGAUUCGUGAGGUGGAGAGGGGGAUGAAGGCGCGAAGAGAGGAGAUUGAGGGAGUCCUGAGGGGGACGGUCGAGUGAGAGUAGUGCUCGAGUUGAUUCGUCGGCGCACUGAAGGAGAGAUCUCGGAACUGAGUUGUAUGAAUAGACUCGGAGGAAGUAUGAAGGGGGGGUAUCCUAUCGCAUGUACGUGUACAUCAUCAUCCUCAUCCACAAAAGCGACAUCAUUCCCCAGUAGUCUCUUCAGCGCAUCCAAGGGGCGGCCAUUAGCUCUCCGGCCGCUCCUCUACUCGACCCUCACCAAGAUCGAGCCAGAGUAAUUCUCUAUCUUUUCCCAAUCCCAACUGCACAGAAGCUCCCUUCUCAUGGAAGCGCCACUCGUGUCUUGCCUCCUCCAUACCCCCUCCGGAUUCCUGA